CUGGAUGCAGCCGUAACAUUGUGUAUCGAAGCAGCGCAAUGCAGACUGGAUGGCUUGGAGUGCGCAAGAUAGGCCAGACAGGCGAGUAGUCUUGCAACCCCGCUCUUCACGCAGUUGUUCGCCGUCAUAUUCGGACUACUCAGACUACUCGGACGAUUCAGAUUCAACUGCAGGCAUUCCAAAUGCUGGGAGUUCCAUUUGGGAUGCGGAUGAGAGGGAGGAGCAGGCUCCACCACCUGGCCAAUGGCAAAUGAGAGGAGAUCCGUUCGGAACACACUUGCCGGUCCACCAUAUGCCGGUCUACCCCCACGCGCUCUGGCCACCCAUGCGCGCGUCACUCGUGCCUCGCGACAUCCUUGGCCAUGCAGCUGGCUCAUUGCCCAAGCUUGGAGGAAGGCCAAAACGCAGAGCUCUUCAGGAGCCAAAGGCAUCCCAGGAAGGAGUCGCAGACACUCUGCGGAAGAGAGCCUGGAAACGCUUGCCGGAUGGACCGCUGGAAGAGGAACAACGGAAACGGCGCCAGCGCCACAUCGUUCUGGAGAUGCCCCAGCUGCCCAACUUGAAGCCCAGGACCGUGAAAGUCUCCAACGUGCCGCCAUCGGUCUCCGUGAAGCACUUGCAUGAGCUGUUUGAGUCAGCUGUCGGCAAGGUGACUUCAAGUAAAGAGGAGUCAGCACAUGUGUUGCUGACCUUCGAGCGCUCGCUCCACGCGGCAAAGGCAGUCGAACUCUUCUGCAAAGGGACCAUCGACGGCCACAUCAUUGAGGUCGAACUACACGACUAGAAAGUUUGGGCGCAGCUUGCGCGCGCUGACUCGACUUUGUCAGUGAAGCCAGCGGGCGUGUGUCUUAGCGGUUUGAUCCAACGCGCGGACGUAAACACGGGUUUAGCAGAAGACUGCUAGACACCCCGAGCUCGAUCUAACAUCCAGGAGGGCGUGCAUGCCACGGAUACUACGGAUGCACGGACAAAA